GGUUCGGUGGAAGCCGCAAAGUCAGCAGUAUCUUGCUGCCGUUGGUUAGCUGAGAACAUUGUUGAGGAUAAGAUCCCAAAUGCAUUUGCCCUUGUUCGACCACCAGGGCACCACGCUGAUCGUUAUUCUGCAUGUGGUUUCUGCCUUUUCAACAACGCCGCACAAGCCGCCGAGGCGGCUUUCAACUUUGGAGCUGAUAGAAUGAGUUACAAGACCGGUUGUGGAGAUGCUGACUAUAUGGCAAUUCAUUGGAACGUCCUUAUGCCUCUGGCACGCGAGUUCAAUCCUGAUUUUGUCAUAGUUUCUGCAGGAUUUGACUCUUGUGAUGGUGAUCCACUCGGCGGGAUGCAUCUGUCUCCUGAUGCAUAUUCACACAUUGUGUAUCAUUUAAGCGCCCUCGCUCAUGGAAAGCUGUUAUUGCUACUCGAGGGUGGUUAUAAUCACAGUGUUCAAUCUGUUGGCGUCCAUAGAUGUUUGCGAGUUCUUUGUGGAUACAAGCCUUUACCACUUACAAAGUUGGGACCACCGAAAGAUAGACAUCAUCCUACUGUUUUCUUCGAGCCUCCUAAAGAUGAGGAAAAAGAAAAUACUGGCAACAUUAUGCAGGAGAAUCUUUUCAAGUCCGAGUGGACAACCAUAGCUUCUGCUCCUGCGAAGAUGCUUCUUGUUCAUAACGGCGAUAGUUCGAAACAUUAUAGUACCGUUGAGGACGACCACCCAGAAGUUCCUGCCAGGACGCAGCGAAUCAUGGCGAAGUUGGAAAGUUGUGGUCUCAUUUCAAAAUGUGAGGUCCUCCUUAACGAACGCACCGCUAGUGACGCAGAGCUGGAAGCAGUCCAUGAGAGACCCUACAUACAAAAGAUGAGGCGAUCUGCAGAGAUGACUGACGCCGAGCUACGCAUCACAGAAGAGGGAUUGAAUUCAAUCUAUCUUACUCGCGAUACGUUUUCCAUAGCAAGUCGGAGUGUUGGUGCUGUUCUUGAGAUAGCGAUGGAAGUCUGCGAAUAA